AGGUUCCUGAGUUGCAAAUGGAAUUUACGUGACUCCUCCAGGCUCCGGGACGGGGGAACACUAGUUUCUAACAGCAGCUUACAUGGUUAUACUAGAGGCACGCGGGGGUAUUCUUAAACCUGAAUAGGCACACAGUGGCGGGAGUGGGAAGGGAGGGGUGGCUCCUAGUCAACUUGGAAACUAUUAGUACUAACUUCAUCCGUCUCCUGAACUCAGCUGGCGGUACUUGGACGAUCGAGCACAGUACGCAUGGCGGAGCAAUCCGAGGAAAGGAGCCAGGGAUAUUCACCCUCUGCCACGGAAGCGGCACAGAACCAGUAUGAUUUGGAGAUCUGCAUGCAUCGGCACCAGAUCCUCGCCGUAGCCGACCUGCCCGACCAUGAGAGAGAAGAGCAAAGCCGGCCCGUUCCCACGAUGCUGUACCACUGGCGUCCGCCCACCGUCCGGGCAAUAACCAUGGUCAAGGUGUCUCCGCGUCUGUUCUCCAUGAUCAAAGGCUCUUCAUCUCUAGGGACAUUCUUUCUUCAAGAUGACCUCAACAUCUCCGAGACGCUGUAUAAGCUCCUGACGGCCACACACGCUGCGGCGGGUUGGGAACCCACGGCCCAGUUACUUACGGACCUGGUAGCCCAACUCCCGGUCCCGGAGCGAGGAACGUUGAUGGAAUUCUUUUCCUUUCCCGUGCUCAGCGAUAACCCAGAGCAGCCACUUGGUGAUAGCCUCUUCCCGGUAUGGAAGUGGGUCAAACCCGAGAGCAUCUACCCUCGCAAGACGGGAUUUUGGGAGACGCAUCUGCACAGGGCUUUGGACGACGGGGAGUGGAAUGCUGGGAAGGGCCUUACAUUGGCGUUGAGUGGGGUGCCAGAGCAAGCAUUGCAGAGGAUAACGGGUAGCCAGCGCAGGCUCACGAGCCUGAGGGGCUUGAUGGGGGAGGCGUCCAAGUAGAUCUUAUUACAACUUGCGCCUACCGAGCCGCGGAGAGCGAGAGAUAGGAGUUGCGUAGAAAUGUUCAUAGUAUUGUACAAAUCGCGAUUCCUGCCAUAACCUAGCCAAGGGGCAGCAUCGUGAUGGUUGAGGAUUUGAGGCUAUACGACCACCUUACCAAAACGGGGAUGCUCUCAAACCCUUUCUCUUCCGGGCAUAAUAUAGGGCGAUGGGCCUGCAAGCCCCAGUACCACUCGUUGUAGGUAGAUUCAUAGCCUAUUUUAUUUAGGUACUACUAUACAGUGGAAGUCUCCA